AUGGCGUGUUGCGUUGUGUUGGUGUUGGUGUGCAGUCGAGUCGGUGGUGCUGCGGUUGUGCGAAGCGUGACAGGCGCUAAUGUGGCGCGCCUAUUCCAAGGCGGUGAUGCGUUGCUGCUGCAGCGUCGUCUUUCCUUGUCGCCUGUGUCCAAGUGGGAUGCUGAUGGUGAUGAUGGUGGGCUGAUGGGAGGGAGCGAUGCGUGUGUUGUUCUCUUCUGCGGCGGCGUGUUUUGGCGCUCUUUACGCGUAAAUCGCCUCCCUUUCGAUCGGGACCGCAUCGGGUCAAGGCAUCGGGCUCGAUCGGAAAAGGGUCCUCGAAAUUUCGGCGGCGACUCAGCCAAAUCCGUCGAGCCAUCCAAGCCCGCCUCUCAGCCAGCUGCCACCAUCAUCAUCUCGAUCUCCACGCCCCUCUUUCUUCGUCUCUCCAUGGUGGCGCCUGCGAUGGCGCUUCUCGGGGCGCCAUCACUUCGCCCUGGGUCGCUCGCAUCCAUCCGCGUCCCAGCGUUGUCGGCCUUUGGCGCUCUUGACGUCGCCGCGCCGGCCCGUGCUUGCUUCAGCACGCCGAAUCGAUCGCUCGUAUCCACAGCCGCCACGCCCGCCCACAACCGUUCAGAAACAGCACAGCACAUCAAUGCGAUGCAGCAGAUCGACGAGCCCAGCAGGCCCCAGCAGUACAAGGAUGUGGUGCUCAGCAGCCUCCCGCUCACCGCCACACCCUUCGACAUCCGCUCGCUCGCCCUCGGCAAGAUCCGCAACGAUCUCGCCCGUAUCGAAUUCCUCUAUACAAAAUCCAUGCGUCCGUCUGGAAGAGCCAUCGCCUCUUUCUCUAAUGCCGGCAAUGCGCGCACCUUCGAGGAAAUCGUGCAGGGACGCAUCCUCGGCGGUCGCCAGGUCCAAGCGCGCCUUCAGUCCGCAGAGCGUCGCGACGCCUUCCUCCAGUCCUACUAUGCCUCUUGGUCCCGGCACUACCAGCUCCCGCUCGACCUCAUCGAGUACGAGCGUGGCACACUCGUGCUCCUCCGCAACAUCCCCCAGGACACGUUUGAAGCGCGCCUCGAGGAACGCCUCGCCGGCCGCUACGACCUUCGCCAGCAGGACCGAUGGCGUGGCAAGCGCACCGCAUACCCUGGCUACUUUAACGACAAGAAGGGCUACGGAGGCUCGCACGACGUCGUGCUCGGUGGCGUGCUCAAACUGCCCAAGGCGCAUCCUGACGCAACCACCGCCUCCUUCAUCGUCCGUUGCCAGUCCGCUUUCGAGGCGAAUCGCCUCGUGCGCAGGUGGCACAACACCUACUUUGCGCCGGCCACCUUCGACAUCCAAGACACCGCCGGCCGAUACCGCGUCGCCGCCUCCGUCCUCUACUGA